AUGGACGCAGUAGCCAAAGUAUGUGCCGACCACGUCACAAACCAACAACCACCAAACAAGGAUACCAAACCAAAGAGGAAGAGAUCCAGCACGGAUGUUCCGGAUGUUCCAAGAAAAUUUUAUACAGCUGCCGUUUUUCUCCAAGAGUCCAAGCUCGGUUCAAGGAAUAAAGACCCUAUCAUCAAUGGUUAUACUUUGAUCAGAUUAAACAGACCUAAUGCUCUCAACCAUCGAAGUGGUGGGGGUCUGGCCAUCUACAUCAAAAAUGGUAUAUCCCAUAGUGAGGUUCCUCUGAAAACCAUCGCUCCUCUGGAGGCACAGGCGGUAUCCUUUACCGACAAGUCAAAGGUUUUUUCUAUCGUUAAUAUUUAUCGACCCGAAGUCAAAGGCAAACCUCAACGAUUCAGUGAAUAUCAGUAUGUUUACGAUCAGUUGCCCGGUACCGACAAUAUUGUGCUUGGUGAUUUCAACGCCAAACACGUAUUGUGGGGCUCGCCAUCAACUGACACUAAUGGUAGGCAAGUUGCUGAGUUCAUUGAGGCCAAUGACCUGGUUAGCAUAAAUGAUGGUAGCAUUACUUAUGUUGGUGCAAUUGCUCCUCUUGGUUCGCAUCUCGAUCUCACAUUAGUAAGCAGUCGGUUAGCUAAAGACUGUACGUGGGAAGCAACCAGUCUUCGAGUUUUCCAACAGAUAACAGAUAAUCUAACCAAACCAAACCAAACCAACGACUACCAAUCAACAAGAAAUACCAUGAUCAGAACGAGUUUGGAAGAAUGA